AAAAAAAGAACUCGAGAAGGGCAGGGCAAGACAGUGUUUUCAUAGCCAGGUCAGCUGCUUGCCAAGAAGGAAGGAAAGGGCAGGAGGACAAAGGUCUUGGGCAGGUGAGAUGACCAGGGUGCAGCUGCCCCUUCGAAGGGUGUGUGUGUGGAGGAUCAAGACCUCUAUUUCCCAAGCACUCUGGUCCCUCCAUCCCACAGUGACCUAUGGUGCCGGCAGAUAACCGGCUGUCAGGUCUUUGCCCACUCUGCUCGCCCCUGCUUCCUGGUGCAGGGAGUCCAUGUCCUCUCUGGUUCCUCAGGUUUGUGGGAGCAGAGAGGAGCACGAACUCCCGAUGACUCUUCUGCUCUAAAGGGGAACUUGCAGAUGGCCCAUGGCGCAGGGUCGAGGCUCAAGCCCACUCCCACCCCCGCACCCACUCCCGACUGGCGGGGUGACGCUGCACUCUGAGCCCUUAAAACAAAGUUUAACCCCCUUCUUGGGAACUGAACAUGCUGACCUGUUCUCUCCUGGUUCCCCCGCAUCUGUACCCGGGGCAGACAGUUACAUGGGCUGACUGGCCGAACCCAGGUGCCCUCGGGGCAGGGUGUGCUAAGAAUUGGUGUAGGGGUUGCACAAAGGUCCUUGUCAGUUCCUGGUCACAUGAGGCCCAAGAACUGUCCGGGUCUCACUUCCCCUCUUCUUGCUUUGACCCGGGUCGCUCAGCAGCGGCGAGCGCUGCACACUUUAUCCUCUCUCGGUCUUGUCCGUUUCAGAUCCUCCAGGUCAGGGAAACACCAGCGAAAGCCCAGAGCGCUGAACCUGCACCCUGGACCUGCGGGCGACCGUCGCACACCAUGGGCCCCCACCUCCGCCCCUACCGUGUGGGGCUGCUCCCGGAUGGCCUCCUGUUCCUCUUGCUGCUGCUAAUGCUGCUCGCAGACCCCACGCUCCCGGCCGGACGUCACCCCUCGGUGGUGCUGGUCCCUGGUGAUUUGGGCAACCAACUGGAAGCCAAGUUGGACAAGCCAACAGUGGUGCACUACCUCUGUUCCAAGAAGACCGAAAGCUACUUCACAAUCUGGCUGAACCUGGAACUGCUGCUGCCUGUCAUCAUUGACUGCUGGAUUGACAAUAUCAGGCUGGUUUACAACAAAACAUCCAGGGCCACCCAGUUUCCUGAUGGUGUGGAUGUACGUGUCCCUGGCUUUGGGAAGACCUUCUCACUGGAGUUCCUGGACCCCAGCAAAAGCAGUGUGGGUUCCUAUUUCCACACCAUGGUGGAGAGCCUUGUGGGCUGGGGCUACACACGGGGUGAGGAUGUCCGAGGAGCCCCCUAUGACUGGCGCCGAGCCCCAAAUGAAAACGGGCCCUACUUCCUGGCCCUCCGCGAGAUGAUCGAGGAGAUGUACCAGCUGUAUGGGGGCCCCGUGGUGCUGGUUGCCCACAGUAUGGGCAACAUGUACACGCUCUACUUUCUGCAGCGACAGCCGCAGGCCUGGAAGGACAAGUAUAUCCGGGCCUUCGUGGCACUGGGUGCACCCUGGGGGGGUGUGGCCAAGACCCUGCGCGUCCUGGCUUCAGGAGACAACAACCGGAUCCCAGUCAUCGGGCCCCUGAAGAUCCGGGAGCAGCAGCGGUCUGCUGUCUCCACCAGCUGGUUACUGCCCUACAACUAUACCUGGUCACCUGAAAAGGUGUUCGUGCAGACACCCACCAUCAACUACACGCUGCGAGACUACCGCAAGUUCUUCCAGGACAUCGGCUUUGAAGAUGGCUGGUUCAUGCGGCAGGACACAGAGGGGCUGGUGGAAGCCUCAAUGCCACCUGGUGUGCAGCUGCACUGCCUCUAUGGCACUGGUGUCCCCACACCAGACUCCUUCUACUAUGAGAGCUUCCCUGACCGUGACCCUAAAAUCUGCUUUGGUGACGGCGAUGGUACUGUGAACUUGCAGAGUGCCCUGCAGUGCCAGGCCUGGCAGAGCCACCAGGAGCACCAGGUGUUGCUGCAGGAGCUGCCAGGCAGCGAGCACAUCGAGAUGCUAGCCAACGCCACCACUCUGGCCUAUCUGAAACGUGUGCUCCUUGGGCCCUGACUCCUGUGCCAGGCAGGGCUGGAUGGCUUGGCCAUGGACCUACCCCUGGCCUCUGGGGCUGUCAUGGCCCAUGAGUUUUGCAAAGUUUGUGACUGACCAUUCAAGGCCCUGAGUCUUGAGCUGUGAAGCAUCUCCUGUGGGGAAGUGCCGUUCGUUAUCCUUUGUCUGUGGCAGUGAAGAAGGAAGAAAUGAGAUUCUGGACUCAAGGGACACUGGAUGGAAAGAAUGCUGCUGAUGGUAGAAUUGCUAUGACCUCAGGACUGGCUCCGCAGGGUGGACUGGCUGGGCCCUGGUCCCAAUCCCUAACUGGGUCCAUGUGUUCCCCCUACCGCUAUGGGCUUUUCAUACUUGCCCACUGGGCCCUGACCCCACAGCCUUCCUAUGAGGGAUGUUACUGUGCUGUGGUCCUGUACCCAAAGGUCCCGGGGAUGGGCUCCUGGUCCAUCGGGUGACCCUUCCCACACACUGGCCACAGGUAGGCCUGCCAUUGGCCAUGGAUAGUAGAGCUGCUGGCUUCCCUGUGGCUUAGCUGGUAGCCAGCUUGACUGUGGCUUCCUGGGGCGAGUCCAGUAGCCCCUGCAGGCAGGGGCAGUUUGUUGUGUUCUUCAUGGUUCCCAGACCCUGGGACAUUUUACUUCACUCCUACCUCCCUUACCGCCAGGAGCAGUCAAGCUCUGGAUUGGGUAGCAGAUGCGCCCCCAGUCCUGCAGGCUGUGUCCCAGGAGCCCUGAUUCCCUCAGAUGUGCUGUUGGCCCUAGGACUGAAGCUACCCCACUUCAUCCUGGGACUGUUGUUCCAAGGAUGACAGCAGGGGUGGGAGCCAUGGCCUUCUAGGCACCUGUGGAGAAAGGGAAUCCAAGGAAGCAGUCAAGGCUGCUCGCAGCUUCCCUGAGCUGCACCUCUUGCUAACCCCGCCACCACACUGCCACCCUGCCCUAGGGACUCACUAGUACCCACGCGGGUUGGCACAGGGCUGAGAAGUGGUGGGACUCCUGUCACCCUGCCCAGCACCUACUCCCACCAGGCAGCUGACUGGUAUUUAGUCUGCCAGGACUAGUCUAGAAACUUGAAUGGGACUCUGAGAGAGUGAGGGGUUCCCUGGGGCUCCCCUAGGAGCUUUCUGUCUGCCCCAGGAUGCUGCAUGGGUUUCCCUGUGGCAGUAGCCACGGAGAGUCAGGGCCUGUCUUCAUGGCAGUAGGCUCUAAGUGGGUGACUGGCUACAGGCCAAGAGAAGGGUCCAACCUCUAGGCUGGGUUCGAAAAGCUACCUUCAGGCUGGUCUAAGCUGCUCUCCCACAGGGUUUCUGUGGAGCUGGAUUUUCUCUGUUGCAUACAUGCCUGGCAUUUGUCUCUCCCUUUGUUCCUGAGUGGUGGGCCCCGCAUGGGGCUCUGAACAGCCUGUAUCUGGAUUCCGGCAAUAAAAGUACUCUGGAUGCUGUAAGGU